UUGAUCGAGCAUCUCUUUUUAGGUGAUCGCCCUAGCCGGCGUUCCCCUUCCCCGCGUCGCCGACGCGCAUCUCCCUCUCCAAAGCGUCGCGAUCGUAGUAGCAGCCGUGGUCGUCGUCGCUCUCCUCGCCGUUCAUCUCCUCGCCGCGCCUCUCCAAGAAAAGCUAGUCCUUCCAAGCGUAUUUCGGUCAGAAAUCUUAGCCGAAACGUUACUAAGGAACAUCUGGCUGAAAUCUUUGGAAUGUAUGGACUCAUCAAAAGCUGCGAUCUUCCACCGGAAAGGUUUUAUUCACAUCUUCACAGAGGCUACGGAUACGUCGAGUACGAAAACGCCGAAGAUGCCGAAAAGGCUCUGAAGUACUUUGAUGGAGGGCAAAUUGAUGGACAAGUGGUGAGUGUCGAAUUGACGCUCAAUCGCACUGCAUCUCGUCGUUCGCCAGCACGUAAAAGUCCUAACAGAAGGAGGUACAUUCGUUCAGCGCUUAUUGGUUUUGGAGAAAAUGCUUCUUUAUUCAGUCCUUUGCGGAGACGUUCGCCAGCUGGACGUGAUCGUGGGGGUGGAAAUGCAAAUAUGAUCCCCCUCGGCUCAAGCCGCUUCAAUCGUAGCCGUUCUCGCUCACCUCGUAGGAGACGCAGCAGAUCGUGA